AUGGUGACUUGCCUUCUCCUCUUGCCUGUACCCUGGAUGCUGGGUCUGAGUGAGGUGCCCUGUGGGCACACGGUGCCAGUGAGUUGGGUGAUGCCAGGCCCACACCCACCCCUCCACCACCACAGCUCCCGGCACAGACAGCGCUCUGCGCACAGAGGCACUUGAUGGCUAUUUGCCCCAGAGCCAAGCACAAGCCUCCGCUGGUCGGGCUUGGACGGACUUGCUGAGCCAGCAGAGUGAGCCGCAUCCCAGCUGCAGGGCACGGCACGUCUCAGGCGUGUGCUUUGCAGGUUGGCAAAGUACAGGUAGUUGAACACGGUCAUUUACAUGAAAAAAAAGAGAGACUUUUGCUUUUGAAAUGUGGCUCCCGCUUUGGAGAUGGAAGGUGUCUUUCUUCCCGUGUUGGCCCGGACCCCGGUGAACGGAGACCUUGACACCUGGCUGCAGGGCUGGGGGCGGAAAAGAAAUCCCAGGGCUGAAGCCACUGGCUUCUCAUUAACAAACAAAGAGGCAAGCUCUCUAAUGCUAGGGACUGCAAUGCAUAAAUACUAAGAAAACAAAAGGCCCCAGCUGAGCCAGCUCUCUCCCUCCACACUCCCGGCAGGCAACUCGUUCUGAGCAGAGAUUUCCAGGCAACCCCCACUUCGCAACAGACUAUUCCGCUGCCGUCUUCCACCAGAGUUUAGAAUUUUCAUGGGACUGGCUGUUAGGGCUUUCAUUAAUCAGUUAAUCAAUGAACAUGAUUAAAUACCUGUUUGGGGCAAAGGCAUUGAGGGAGAUUCAGAGGCAGACCGUUCCCCUGCGUUCAAGACCCCUGGAGACCCUAGACGCGCCCUUGCAGACGGGGCCCAUGUGGAAAGAGGAGGAGGAUGGGCAGAGGUGCAGGUGGCCGCACAGAGGAAGAGGAGAGAAGGUCCUGCCGUGAGGACCCAGCUCCAGGAGACAGAGCAGCCUGUACAGCAAGGAGGGCCUGGGGGUGACGGCGCUCAGCACGCUCUACGGCGGGAUGCUGCUCUCCUCCAUGUUCCUGCCGCCGCUGCUCAUUCAGAAGCUCGGCUGCAAGUGGACCAUCGUCCUCUCCAUGUGCUGCUACGUGGCCUUCUCCCUGGGCAACUUCCACGCCAGCUGGUACACGCUCGUGCCCACCUCCAUCCUGCUGGGCCUGGGAGCAGCCCCGCUGUGGUCCGCGCAGGGCACGUACCUCACCGUCACGGGAAACAGGCACGCAGAGGGCACAGGGCAGGCGGGCAAGGACGUGGUGAACCAGUACUUCGGCAUCUUCUUCCUCAUAUUCCAGUCGUCCGGGGUGUGGGGCAACCUCAUCUCGUCACUGGUGUUCGGCCAGAAGCCCACUCAAGGGACCAUCCCGGAGCAGCAGCUCCUGUCCUGCGGGGCCAGGGACUGCCUGAUGGCCACGGCUCCCGCCAACAGCACGAACCGCCCCUCGCAGGAGCUAAUCUACACCUUGCUGGGCAUCUACACGGGGAGCGGCGUCCUGGCAGUCCUGCUGACAGCUGUGUUUCUCGAACCUGUAAAAGAUGCUCAGCAGAAAAGUGAGGGAGAGAAGAAAGCACCACCAUUUUGGUCCACUUUGCUGUCGACGUUCAAGCUUUUUAGGGACAAGCGUCUGCGCCUCCUGGUCCUGCUGCCUCUGUACUCCGGGUUCGAGCAAGCCUUCCUCGCCGGCGACUACACGCGGUCCUACACCACCUGCGCCCUGGGCAUCCAGUUCGUGGGCUACGUGAUGAUUUGCUUCGCGGCCGUCAACGCGCUCUGCUCGGUGCUCUAUGGGAAGCUCUCCAAGUUCACGGGCAGGACCGCUCUCUUCGCGCUGGGGGCCGUGACCCACCUGUCCUGCAUCAUCGCCCUGCUGCUGUGGAAGCCCCACCCCAGCCAGCUGCCCCUCUUCUUCGUAUUUUCCGGCCUCUGGGGCAUGGCAGACGCCGUGUGGCAGACACAGAACAAUGCUCUCUUCGGGGUUCUGUUUGAGAAGAACAAGGAGGCGGCCUUCGCCACCUACCGCCUGUGGGAGGCCCUGGGCUUCGUCGUCGCCUUCGGCUACAGCACCUUCCUCUGCGUCAGCGUCAAGCUCUACAUCCUCCUGGCCGUCCUGAGUCUGGCCAUGGCGGCCUAUGGAACCGUCGAGUACCUGGAGGCCCGGAAGGCGGCCAGGCCGCUCGCCCCGGGGCAGCCCAGACUACGAGAGGCGGAAGAAACGCAGACGAAAAUGUGACGGAGCAGACUCCCAGGUCCAGGACCCCAGCGCGUAUCCUCGGGGCUUUGACCUGAGACGUGGCAGAGUUUACAGCUGAUUCUUCACAGCCACUUCAACGAAAUUUCCUUUCUAUGCGACGUUUCUGUCCCGUGCCACUGCGUUUUUCAGCCCACCAUCCCAUCCGCAGAAAUCGAGAAGACACCUGAGGAAUCAGUGGAUUUCAGAUACCGAAGAAGCAGCCGAGGGUACAGCCAGCCAGUGAGAACUUGCCUAGCUUCGUGGGGUCAGUGACUCAUGCUCUUGUUGUGGUGGCUCCUGGAAUCAGAAGGCUGCUUCUAAAAUGCGGUCCCAACACUGUCAUUUUACGGAAAGGUCAGCUGACAUCCAGGAAAGUCCGUGACAGCCUCCUGGAGUUUAUAAAUUUUUAAAUAAAUGCAAUUAUAUCAUGGACUUAA